AUGGCCCUGACGAGCCUGCAGCCAAGCCUCUGGCAGCGAAGACGAAGGUCAGCUCAGCCAGCGAACCUGGCCCUGCAGCCCUUCCGCAAGAGAUCGUCCGAGAAUUCCGCCUAUGGCGACGGGAUGCAGAAAUACACUGCUCUCCAGUUAAUCGGACGUGGCACAACCGGCAAGGUUUAUCGAGCCCAGCGCUGCGCAGACUCUCAGGUGGUGGCCUUGAAGCUCAUGACUGCGAUGGAUGACGACAUGUUGAACUGUCGGCGGCAGGAGUUUGAGGUGCUGCGUCGGCUGAGCCAUCCGAAUAUUGUUCAAGGUCUGGAAUUCUUUAGCUUCCCCGGCUCAGCGGUGGUGGUCUUAAGCUACCAUCCGGGUUCGACGCUGACCAACGCCGUCCAAGAAGCCGAAGGCGCUUGCUUACCCGAAUAUCUGGCUCAGCAUCUCUUCCGCCAGCUCCUGUCUGCCAUCGAUUACCUGCACCAACGUCAAAUCGCUCACCGUGACUUGAAAAGCGACAAUGUGCUCGUUUCCGAAGAUGUGCGUGAAUUGACUCUCGCAGACUUCAGCACGGCAAGUGUCGCAUCCGCAG